AUGUUGUCCAAAUCAAUAGUAUGCUGUGCUAUAGGCCUGACAUUUGCUCGUCAGAAUAAAGAUCGAGCGCAUUUAAAACGAGAGGAUCUCCCACGUUUGGAUCAUAAACAGUUCAGAAUAAAUCGAAAAUUUUCAAAAUUUUGUUCAAAUAAUACAAUAGCACAAAUUUAUCUAAAGGAAAUAUCUUCAGUUAUCGAUGUUCUUCAAGCAAAUUCGUCCUACGAUUCAAUCUUAAAGUUACAAUCAGCUAAUUUCAUUACAUAUUUAAAGAAUACUACUAAUCAACAACUAUUACAUAAUAAUUGUGAAGCUUUUAUUAAGGGUCUCAAGACAGCUAAGAAAGCUGAUGAAACAGCUCAACAUGCACAACAGCAUUUGGCAGCAACAAUUCGUAAAAAAAUAAAACAAGUUACACGUGAUGUUACCAAUGGAAAAGGAUUUUAUGAUUUAGACAAUUAA